CCUUACGUUCUAUAACGUUUAACUUACAAACAAACGGUUAAAAUAUUUAGCAAGGUAAUCGGGGCAGAUAGUAGUAACGGUUGGCUCCGCGCUCAAGUGUGGCAGACUGCAAGCAUGACGAGCGCCGGAGGCUGCGCUCUCGUGCUCAUCUUUUUGAUUGGGAGUGCAUCUGGUCAGGACUAUGAUGUAACAGACAUUCAGUGCACAUUCGCAAGUACCGGCUCAGGGAUCCGUGACUCGGUCACAGCCUUACUUCGGAAGCCCGAGGGCUUCCGCGGAGCACCCUUGUUCGCUGACGAUAGAGCUACAGACCCCGUGGCUGACCCCAUGUGCCAGAUUCGUCCUGAACCGGAGGACCCCACAGGAUUACUCUAUAGAUUACGGAUAGCAGACUUUACAAAAUGUGGAGUGCUAAAACGGAAUGGUUUCGUCCACGUCCGUGUAUGGUUCCCUCAAUUCCCCGGCGUAGUGAUGCAAUCAGAUCAAGAGCUGAUCAUCAUGUGCAAGCCGCCAGAGCCAACCAUCAUAGAGAACAAGGCUGCAGGUUUUGCCGGUAGUUUUCCGCACGGUGCCCGCGUAUCAGGGGUGGUUGAAGAGACUCCUGGCCGGCUGGAGUAUGAAGUAGCGUUGUACAAAGAGGCGCCACCUCUGUCCCGACACUCCAAUCACUCGGUAGACAUGCCCGUUGACCAGGCAGUACCGAUUGGUACAAAGCUCCAACUGCGCGCGCGCAUUAACCCAGAUUCUGCGUGGAGGCACAUAAAGCUAUUGGAAGUAGCUGUGUCCCCAGACCCAGAUCGACCUCACGCUGCCGGCGCUGUCUUGUUGGUUAAGGAUGGAUGUCGCAACCGAGACUUCGCGUCAAUCAUCCCCCACCAGCCAGCGCGUUACCGGGAGCGGCAUAACGAAGUCUUUUUGGAUUUCGAAGCUUUUCUCCUAGCGUCAAUGAAAGAACGGUCUACCCUAUGGAUACACUCCCAGAUCAAGGCUUGCAUGGAGCCCGCUGACUGUCAACCGGACUACUGUCUCGAUUUGUAUGAAACUUCAGGUCAUGGUCGUCGCAAAAGAUCGCUAGCAGGUACGGUGGAACACAAUAUAACCAGCGCCUCUCUGGUGGCUGACAAUGGAAGUACACCGUUCACUCGAUUCAAAGAGAAUCUUGAGUAUUCAGUCAUUAUGCCGGGAGAGCUCUUCCAUAGAACACCCAUAGAGGCAACCUGUGCGACGUCUAUGAUGAUAUCUGUAGCACUAGGCACUCUGCUGUUUAUGUCCGCAUUGCUGAUGUGCUACCUCGCAACAAAAUUAAAUUCCACAAUGAUGAAAAACAGUAGCCUACCUACUAGAGGAAAAGGGUUCGAGCAGAUAUUACGAGAAUUGGCUCACCAUACAAUUCCCGACACGGGAUAUACGGGACGGCCUACUGUACAAUGAUAGAACAAGGUCUAUACCUCGUGAUACGUGCAACAGAAUGUAACUUUAUAAGGAUCAAAUCCAAAUACGUAGCUUAGAGAAACAUUAAAAAAAUAUGUCCUAUAAAAUAUUUCGCUAACCCUAUCAAAAAUAAAAUUAACCUCAAAGUCCUUUUUAACUAAAGACAUUGGGCAGAUUAAAUGAUAUUAUGUUUACUCUAUAAUCAAAGACAAUUAAAGCAAUUUGUCUUUGAUAUAAUGAUGCUGAUGCUUUAGUUAAAUGGUGAACUUAUUAGUUUUAUGAAUAAACCAGCUUAU